AUGUCCUCAGCCAGCAAGGAACUCUUCUCUGAAGGCUUCACCUGUCAAAGAAAGUUUUCAGUUCUAGCUCAGUACUUUCAAUGCUGGCUUCUGUUUAGGACCAUGAGACUGCGAGAUAGUGGAUACUGGCUAUUCCUACCAAAGCCUUGGCGAGGGCGGAAAAUCGUCAAAGGAAUCGACAAAGGAACUUCCGUCAGCAAAAGCAAGAGACUUGAGAACAUCCUUGAUUUGAAGUUACGUAAGAAGAAUCGUCGCAAUAGCAAGAUCGAUUACACCAAAGGACAGUCACUCUUUGUUUUACCCAAAGUUCUCUCACGAGGUAUUCAUCUCUGGCCGGAAUACGAAUCUCGUCUUCAGCGAUGGUUGAAGAGCAAGAAGCUCCACGAUUCGUCUACCUCUGUCAUUCACAAGCAUGAAGAAAGCAGGGCUUCUGUCGGCUCUUCACGACGUGAUUCCCUUGACCAAACUUCCUUCUAUGAAGAAGAUCCAAUACGGGGAUUCUACACAAUAUGGAAUUUUAACAGCGUGAAAGUUCCUAAGAACAAGCUUGAAACUACAGAAAAGGUACGUUUUGUAAUUCUGACACUUCUUUGAUU